CUCCUCCCACUACCGGGCUGCAGAGCUCCUCCCCUAGGGGGUCCCUGGUUUCCGCAGGGUUCCGGGCUCCUCAGGUGGUUGGCUCUGGGGAUUCCAGGGCCUUGGUGUGAAUUGUGGGGCUUUCCUACCCCAGCAGAGGUUCCUGGGCUGCCCUUCUCGAUGCUUCACUGUUACAGAAUUCACCCAUAAGGGCUUUCUCAGGUCCUCAGCAGCCCACACCUUUUCCUUAUUUCCGUGGAAACUGAUGCAGGUUCUUCUGGCUUUCCCCACUCUCCGGGGCUCAAAUCCUAGGUGUGGGGGCCGCAGAAAUGUCACCCCAAGUCUCCAGAAGGCACACGUGUUCAGCUGUCAAUGAGUCAGGGCAGACCCCCUGGUCAAGCCCGCCCUCUACUGAAGAAUCAAGUCCUCCCACCGGCAGAGCACAGUGUGGAUGGACUUUCUGAGAGCUGUGCUAUAGCUCCUGAGGUGCCCGGGAAGUCUGGGCCACUAUUUCUACCUGGAGGGAAAGUGGGACGGGGCCCAAACGCAUUGAAAUUCAGAACUCUUGGCAUUAGGAUAGUCUGAAUCAGAUCUAAGCCCACCUCUAGGCAGGAGAAAGCCUCGUUGGGAAACACACUGAGCCUGGGCCUGGUGCACCUGAGGCAGAAGAUCUUUCUUUGGCCUGCCUGCCGGAUACCCUCCCUUGGCCCUGGCUGCUUGUUAUGGGAGCCUUUUCUCCAUACUCCCCUCCUUAGAAUACCCGAAGCGAUUGUGCAUUACUGCCGUGAAUAAUUUCAACAUCUUUCUACUGAACAGCACUGCUGGGCCAGGCUAGGCGGCCGGGGAGGGAGUCACCCUAACUUCCUCCUUGCCCUGGGCAGAGAGAGGAGUAGGCCUGUCUGGUGUCCCAGCUCCAUCACCCCUGGCGCAGCUGCGGGCCUGACCGUGUCGGGGGCUGGUCGUCAGGGAAGCUUGCCUUCCCCUCUGGGUCACCAGAGCUUUCCUCUGUCCACUUCACAUAGCCAGAAUGGCAGCUCUUGGUGGCUAUCACCGGUCAUUCUAGGACCACGGCCUCUCGUCUGAGGAUGCGGGUGGGAGCUACAAAUACAAAUGUGGGUGGGGAUGGGUGAGGCCAUCCCCAAAGCUGUGAACCACACCAAAUGUACAGUGACCGUCAGCGGGGGACUGGGGAAUGGGCUACGGGGUGAGGGAUUGAGAAUUUGGUCUUGGGGACCCAAACGUGAAUUUUUCCAUGUAGCUUUCCCCCAGUUCACAGUGAGUCAGAUUUCCGAGUUGUCUGUUCUGGCCACUUUCAUUUCCCCUGGGGCUGGGUGGAGGCUGGUGUAGAAAGGGGAACUGAACACUCAAUCUUUUAAGGCCUGGGGGCAGGGCUGGGGGCUCUCCUAAACUCCCUGUCCUAGCCCAGAGCUGGGCACUGCCCUGAGGAGAGGCCCGCAGAUGGAGACGUCUUAGCAGCGUGGAGGUGGCACUUAGCAACCACAGCCAAAAAGAUCCCUUUGCCAUGAACCAGCCGGCCCCCAGGCCUCCCCCUCCACCCCGCCGUGUGCGACUCAAGCCCUGGCUGGUGGCCCAGGUGAACAGCUGCCAGUACCCAGGGCUUCAGUGGGUCAAUGGGGAGAGGAAAUUCUUCUACAUCCCCUGGCGCCAUGCCACACGGCACGGCCCCAGCCAGGACGGAGAUAAUACCAUCUUCAAGGCCUGGGCCAAGGAGACAGGAAAGUACACCGAAGGGGUGGAUGAGGCAGACCCGGCCAAGUGGAAGGCCAACCUGCGCUGUGCCCUUAACAAGAGCCGUGACUUCCGCCUCAUCUAUGAUGGACCCCGGGACAUGCCACCUCAGCCCUACAAGAUCUACGAGGUCUGCUCUAAUGGCCACGCUCCUGCAGAGUCACAGCCCAGUGAGGAUUACGCUUUUGGUGCAGGAGAGGAGGAGGAGGAGGAAGAGGAAGAGCUCCAGAGGAUGUUACCAAGCCUGAGCCUCACAGAAGCAGUGCAACCUGGCCCCCCCAUGGCACCCUAUUCCUUACCCAAAGAGGAUGUCAAGUGGCCACCCACUCUCCAGCCACCUGUGGUGCUGGGCCCUCCUGCACCAGACCCCAGCCUCCUGGGCCCCACCCCUGGCAACCCUGCUGGCUUUGGGGAGCUUCUCCCUGCGGUCCUGCCGAGCCUGCAGCCUGGGUCCCUGGCUGCCAGCCUGCCCCCCACAGGCGAACAACUCCUGCCCGACCUGCUGAUCAGCCCCCACAUGCUGCCUUUGACUGACCUGGAGAUCAAGUUCCAGUACCGGGGGCGGCCACCCCGUGCCCUCACCAUCAGCAACCCACAGGGCUGCCGGCUCUUCUACAGCCAGCUGGAGGCCACCCAAGAGCAGGUAGAGCUCUUUGGCCCCGUGAGCCUGGAGCAAGUGCGCUUCCCCAGCCCUGAGGACAUCCCCAGCGACAAGCAACGCUUCUACACAAACCAGUUGCUGGAUGUCCUGGACCGCGGGCUUAUACUCCAGCUGCAAGGCCAAGAUCUGUAUGCCAUCCGCCUGUGCCAGUGCAAGGUGUUCUGGAGCGGGCCCUGUGCCUCAGCCCACGGCUCACAGCCCAACCCCAUCCAGCGGGAGGUCAAAACCAAGCUCUUCAGCCUGGAGCAUUUUCUCAAUGAGCUCAUCCUGUUCCAGAAGGGCCAGACCAACACCCCGCCACCAUUUGAGAUCUUCUUCUGCUUUGGGGAGGAGUGGCCUGACCUCAAACCCCGAGAGAAGAAGCUCAUCACUGUACAGGUGGUGCCUGUAGCAGCUCGGCUGUUGCUGGAGAUGUUCUCAGGGGAGCUUUCUUGGUCAGCUGAUAGUAUCCGGCUACAGAUCUCAAACCCAGACCUCAAAGACCACAUGGUGGAACAGUUCAAGGAGCUCCAUCACAUCUGGCAGUCCCAGCAGCGGUUGCAGCCUGUGGCCCAGGCCCCUCCUGUGGCAGGUCUUGGUGCUGGCCAGGGGGCCUGGCCCAUGCACCCAGUCGGCAUGCAACAAUGAGACUGCGGAUAGUGACUGGCAUGGGCUUCCCAGGUGUCUGUGUGGAUUCAUGUGGAGGUGCAAUGGCCCCAGUUGGCACCUGACUGGCUUGCAGGUCCUCUUUCUGGGUCUUCUGGAAGUGGAUUUGUGCUAAGGAGAGGGAAGAGAGCUCUGUGUUCCAGGCUCUCCUCGCAGCAUCUGAGGGAAGCUAGAAGCCACUUUUGCUUUCAGGGCUCAGUCUUCCUGGAUGUGCCUCGCCUCUGCUCACUCUGGAGGAACUCCGCCAUCAGCCCCGGUGAGCAGAGAACUCCCCCAGUCCUAGGGGCCUAGCUGAGAGGGAUCUGUCCCAGAGUGGCCCACCCUUGUGGUUGCCCCCCAAUUCCUCAGGCAAAAACAGUCAAGUGCUGUGGGCCAUGCUCUCUCAACAGGGCAUGGGCCUGAUCUGAUUUGGGGGUUCCCUAGUUUGAGCCUCACACCCUCAUAUCUGAGACAGAUAUGCACAUAGGUAUUAUACCAGAUGCUUAAGGCUGGCAGCUACCUCCUUGAAAGAACAUGGAAUAGAAGUGGAAUUUUAUGUAUUUUUCAGUUAAUAAAUAUUGAAAAGAUCCAGUCGCUUCCAUGCUGUUCUACCAGACCCGAUUUCUGAUAUCAGCUGGCUCUAUUUCCCCUAGCACCUGCCCUCCAUCUCUGGGGCCAUGACACAGGGCGGGUCUGCCUUCUAGGCUGAUGAGUCAGUAGGGCGCCAGGAGCACUGAACUGGCUGGCUUUGCUUUCCAGGAGGAAGCUAGCUGAAGUAAGGGUGUGGAUUUUUAAAUGUAUGCAGCCUAAGAUCCUGUCCAAGUCAAACUCUGAGUACAACCGAUGUUAUGCAGGAAGGUUUGUUUCGUUGGUUUCAAUAUUAGAUAGAGCUCUGCAGUCAAGCUUAUUAGCUUAAAACCCAAUUACUUUAACAUACUGAAUGAUCCUAUUGAUAUAAAACUAAAGAAAAUGCAAACUAAUCUACAGUGACAGAAAGCAGAUCAGUGCCUACUUGAGCAUGGGGUGGAUGGUAAGAGGCAUGAGGAAACUUUUGGGAGUAAAGGUAUGUUCACUAUCUUGUGUUAAUGGUUUCAUGGGUGUAUCCUAUGUCAAAGCUUAUCAGCUGUAUAACCUCAAUAUGUGCAGCUUAUUCUAUGUCAAGCAUACUGCAAUACAGGUUUCUUUUUUUCAAAGACCAAAUAUUGUACUCGGUAGGUUAGGAAUUAAUCCAUCUACUUGGGUGGCCACAGGAGAAAGAAUAUACGUACCACAAAUGUAGCAUGAGCUUUAGGGUGAACUAGAAGAAUAAAAGAUGCAGAAUGAGCCACUCCCCUGAAAUAUGAAGGGUCCGUGGCACCAAGAGCAGGGGCCUGCUGUUUAAACUCCAUAGGCAGCCGUCUACCAGGUAGUGGCUAAGACUGCUCACUCGUGUCGUCUAGCUGUGUCAUUUCAGAGCUCUGAGGCAGUAAAAGGAAGGAAAAACAAACACUGAUUAAAUUUUAAAAAUUUAUUUCUUUUCUUUUUUUUUUUUUUUUGUUUGUUUUGUUGCUGUUGAUUU